AACCCUGACUUUAGAUGGAGUUUGGCACUUCAGUGUAGAUCACACAGGCCAAACAGGGACAUCUCCCCCUACCACUCAGUCGCUCUUUUAUUUUCGGUUAAUCAAACUUUCCCCCCCGUGCUAGGUUUAGAAAUGUACCGGUACCUAGGAGAGCUCCUUACCCGGGCUGGAGGCAGCGCUCUGGCCUCGGGACUCGGCGAUGCCACCCUGCCGGCCUCGGCGUCUCUCAUGCGGCUGCGGCACUACAGCGAGGCCGCGGGGAAAGAAGACGACCCGAACUUCUUCCGCAUGGUGGAGGGCUUCUUCGACCGCGGCGCCGCUAUCGUCGAGGACAAACUCGUGGAGGACUUAAAGACAAGAGAGACGCCCGAGCAGAAGAGGCACCGAGUCCGAGGAAUCCUGAAAAUCAUCAAGCCAUGCAAUCACGUCCUGGCCGUGAAUUUCCCCCUGAAGAGGGAUAACGGCGAGUGGGAGAUGAUCGAGGGCUACCGAGCCCAGCACAGCCAGCACAGGACCCCGUGCAAGGGAGGUAUUCGUUACAGCACAGAGGUGUCUGUUGAUGAAGUGAAAGCUUUGGCUUCGCUGAUGACGUACAAAUGUGCUGUUGUUGAUGUACCUUUUGGAGGAGCAAAAGCUGGGUUGAAGAUCAACACCAAGAAUUAUUCUGACAAUGAGCUGGAGAAGAUCACAAGGCGGUUCACCAUCGAGCUGGCUAAGAAGGGAUUUAUUGGGCCAGGCAUUGAUGUCCCUGCUCCUGACAUGAGCACCGGCGAGAGGGAAAUGUCCUGGAUUGCCGACACGUACGCCAACACUAUGGGUCACCAUGACAUCAAUGCUCAUGCGUGUGUGACAGGGAAGCCCAUUAGCCAGGGGGGCAUCCACGGGCGAAUUUCAGCCACCGGGCGAGGAGUUUACCAUGGCAUUGAGAACUUUGUCAAUGAAGCUGCCUACAUGAGUCAGCUAGGUUUGACUCCCGGAGUUGCAGACAAGACCUUCGUUAUUCAGGGCUUCGGUAAUGUGGGCCUGCACUCCAUGCGUUACCUGCAUCGCUAUGGGGCGAAGUGUAUCGGCGUGGCAGAGUGGGAUGGAAGCAUCUGGAACCCUAAUGGCAUUGACCCCAAGGAGCUGGAAGACUACAAGCUGGCAAACGGUUCAAUUGUCGGCUUUCCCAAGGCCACACCCUACGAAGGCAGCAUCUUGGAGGCUGAAUGCGACAUUUUGAUUCCUGCUGCUAGUGAAAUGCAACUCACCAAGAAGAAUGCCCACAAGAUCAAGGCCAAGAUCAUUGCUGAGGGAGCCAACGGCCCCACCACCCCUGAGGCUGAUAAGAUAUUCCUUGAAAGGAAUAUCAUGGUGAUUCCUGACAUGUAUCUGAACGCAGGUGGUGUGACUGUCUCCUACUUUGAGUGGCUGAAGAACCUGAACCAUGUCAGCUACGGCCGACUGACUUUCAAAUAUGAGAGAGACUCCAACUACCACCUUCUCUUGUCGGUGCAGGAGAGUAUGGAGAGGAAGUUUGGAAAGCAUGGUGGCGCCAUCCCUGUCAUCCCAACCUCUGAAUUUCAGGCCAGGAUUGCUGGAGCGUCUGAGAAGGACAUUGUGCACUCUGGACUGGCCUACACCAUGGAGCGCUCUGCCAGGCAAAUUAUGCGCACAGCCAAUAAGUACAACCUGGGGCUGGAUCUGCGGACAGCGGCUUACGUCAACGCCAUCGAGAAAGUCUUUAAAGUGUACAACGAGGCUGGCCUCACUUUCACAUAGACACCUGCCUGGAUCUGUCUGCAUGUCCGUCCAUCCAUCUACGCAGACACACUACAUCUUCACUGCCUCCUCCCCAGCCAUUAUUCUUCAGUUUACAUUUAGCAUAUUCAUAUAUACUGUUUGUAUGUAUUGUGUAUGGCAUGUGUACUGUACCAUAUGGCAAGUUUUUUCUUCCAUCACAGCCUUUAUCCGCUCCAUAGCAUCGUCAUUCUUCCAACACAUCGUCAUUUCCAUCUCCUCUGAGAGUAAUAUCUUAAUCCUAAACUGUCUAAGAAUGAUGGUAUUUAUACUGUAUAAUGGACAGUAUGGUAAUCUAUGUGAUAUCAUGUUCAGGGAAGGUUAAACUCCAUCUCCACAACACGUCAUAUGCAAGGAUCCGUCCAGCCUUAAUAUUUCACAGCAGUCUAUAAAACACAAGCACCUUUUUUAAAAGGACUUUUUCUCUAAAAACCAAAGGUCAAUACUGAAGGCAAUGCAUGGACAAUGAUCUCAGGCUUUUAUAUUUUAACAAAUUGCACAGAUGCAUAUUUAUCUGUUCUUGUACUCGGCUUAUGCUUUUAUUAUUAAAAAUAUCUAUUAUGGUAUUUUUCCUAAUUAUGCAAUAUAUUAGGCUCUAAUAUGUCUAAUAUAAAAUUGUUAAUAUCUGUCGCCCAUUGCUUUCAAGGUGAAUGAUAUGAACCAUGUCUUAAUGGUAAAAAACAACAACAACAAUGUAUCAUCUAGUAUGUAUACAAAAGUGAUUUUGAUUUGGGAACAAAUGGUUUAUUGUCUUAAACAUGUAAAGCAGUAAAUAUGAAGCGACUUUGAAUCUGUAUGGGAGGAGAAUUUAUAUGGCUUUGUUUAAGAUAAAAUAUAUCGAAAAUGUA